UUGUUUGUUUGUUUGUUUGUUUGUUUGUUUUCUAACUUCUGACAGCAACACACAGUCAUUUCAGGACAGCAUUGUUAGUUUACUGUGGCAGGGGGGGGGGGACGCGGCUUCCGCGCACAGGUGUUGUUAAUGAACCCUUACCACGUCACGUGUGACGCGCGAAGUCUUCCCAACAGACAGAGGGCAGCAAAGCCCACGAUGGGGGGGGCGCGCGCUGAUGUGCAAUAAAGAAGAACUAAACAUCACGAAGAAGAAGGAGAACCACUUCCGCACAGUCGCAGUUUACUUCAGCCGGCCCUGUCAGUAGUGGGUUCUGUCACAAAAUGGCUAAACCGAAAGACAAGAGACGAGAGAAAGUCAGUGUCGCCACUGAGAUUGACCGUUUGGAGGAGCGGCGGGCGCGUUGCCAGGACAACCUGGAGAGGGCGGAGUUCAGGUGCAGGAAGGAGAAGCUCUCCGAUGAGGAGAGGCAGGAACUGGAAAAUGAAAUGGCAAUCAUGAAUGAACGGGUGCAAAAGCUAGACAAGGAGCUGGAGACCUUGAGAGGAGAGAAUCGGAAGAACAUGCUGCUCUCGGUCGCUCUUCUCGCUAUCAGCGCUCUGUUCUACUAUGUCUUUUUCUACAAUGAAGAGCACUCAUGAUACCACAGAGAGUCUUAAAGGGACCUACCGCUCUUCAAAGAGCAACAACCUGCAGACACGAAGAAGAGCUGAAGAGCUUUGUUGAUGAAAUACCUCAGUUCUGCCUCCAGAUGGCAUCAUUUCAUUUCCUUUAUCUCAUCUGGUCAUCAAACCGGUUUAUCCUGCACAGUCCAAAACCCCACCACAGCUUCCUCUACUGUGAAAUUGGAGUUUUAACCAUGUUUGAAUACUUAAUAAUGGCCUGUACUUCCUUC